AUGGAUUCAAACCCAUUGAACCCGCCUCCUCCGCCUGAGGGGAUCCCAAUUCCUGUUGACGAUGGGGCCUGUGAUCACCUCGUUGGCACAACGAUUCCGACCGAUGUCACCCUUCCCGCAACCAAUGGAUCCAAGGUUGACUUAGAAAGCUUGUCCGGGCUUACCAUCCUCUUUUGCUAUCCGAGGACUGGCGCUCCAGGUGAAGAAAUUCCAAAGGAGUGGGAUGAUAUCCCAGGUGCUAGAGGAUGCUCACCGCAAGCAUGCGCCUUUGGGGACCUGUACGCGUCCCUUCGCAAAUUGGGUGUUCAUAAUCUCUACGGGUUGAGUACCCAACCUACUGAAUACCAGCGUGAAGCCAAAGAGAGGUUGCACCUCCCAUACGAGAUGCUUUCGGACGAGAACCUUGAAUUAAUCAAAAGCUUGCAAUUGCCGACCUUUGACUUUCAAGACAACACUUUAGUGAAACGAGUCACCUUGGCGAUUGUGGACGGAAGAGUUCAUAAGGUCUGGUAUCCUGUUUUUCCUACAGUUGAAAACGCGGCAAAUGUUGAGAAAUGGUUGAAAACAAAGCAGCAAUAUGUUUGA